ACGUCAGCGAGUCCGAGCUGCGGGAGAGAAGCCUGGGGCCGGGGGCACCGAGCGGGGAGAGCCCGGCCCCGAGAGCAGAGCCGCGAGAGUAGACCGGGCGGGAACCGGCCGAGAGCCGGAGCCCCUCAGGCACCUGCUCUACCGCCCAGAGGAUCGGCGCUCACGGAGUGGCCCGCAGGCCCCCGCCCGGGCCCAGUCCCUCCCCGGGCCCCCCCAUGGCCCGGGCCGCAGCCCUCCCGCCGUCGAGAUCGUCGCCGACGCUGCCGCUCCUGCCGCUGCUGCUGCUUCUGCUCCGGGAAACCGGAGCCCAGGAUGUCCAAGUUCGAGUGCCACCCGAGGUGCGGGGCUAUCUGGGCGGCACCGUGCAGCUGCCGUGCCACCUGCUGCCUCCGGGACCGGAAGUCCGAGUGUCACAGGUGACCUGGCUGCAUGUAGAUGCGGCCGGGGUCAGCAAGAGUGUGGCCGCCUUCCACCCCUCCUAUGGCCCCAGCUUCCGCAGCCCAAAACCUGGUGAAGAGCGGCUCUCCUUUGUCACUGCCGGGCAGAGUGCAGGGACCAGGCAGGGCACCGAGAUGGAUCUGCGGGACGCCACGCUGGCCCUCAGGGGACUGACAGUGGACGACGAGGGCAACUAUACCUGCGAGUUUGCCACCUUCCCCAGUGGCACCAGUCGCGGGGUGACCUGGCUCAAAGCCAUAGCACAGCCCCAGAAUCACGCCGAAACGCAGGAGGUCACGCUCAGCCUGGAUCCUGUACCCGUGGCCCGCUGUGUCUCUGAGGGUGGCCGCCCACCCGCUCGAAUCUCCUGGUUUUCACCCCUGGAUGGGGAGACCAAAGAGACCCAGAUGUCGGGGCCCGUGCCCGGCACAGUCACCGUCACCAGCCGGUUCACCUUAGUGCCCUUGAGCCGAGCAGAUGGUGUCAAGGUCACCUGCAAAGUAGAGCAUGAGAGCUUCGAGGAGCCAAUCCUGCUGCCUGUGACCCUCUCCGUGCGCUACCCCCCUGAGGUCUCCAUCUCUGGCUACGACGACAACUGGUACCUAGGCCGCAGCGAGGCCACCCUGAGCUGUGACGUCCGCAGCAAACCGGAGCCCACAGGCUAUGACUGGAGCACGACAGCAGGCGUCUUCCCAGCCUCAGCAGUAGCCCAGGGCCCCCAGCUGAUCAUCCACUCAGUGGACAGACUGGUCAACACCACAUUCAUCUGCACAGUCACCAACGCCGUGGGCACGGGUCGUGCUGAACAGGUGGUCCUCGUGCGAGAGACCCCCAACACAGCAGGCGCAGGGGCCACGGGUGGCAUCAUUGGGGGCAUCAUCGCUGCCAUCAUUGCUACUGCUGUGGUCGCCACAGGCAUCCUCAUCUGUCGGCAGCAGCGGAAAGAGCAGAGGCUACAGGGGGCAGAGGAGGAGGAUGAUCUGGAGGGGCCUCCCUCAUACAAGCCACCAACCCCCAAGGCGAAGCUGGAGGAGCCUGAGAUGCCCUCCCAGCUUUUCACUCUUGGGGCCUCAGAGCACAGCCCACUCAAGACCCCCUACUUUGAUGCUGGCGUCUCAUGUGCGGAGCAGGAUAUGCCGCGAUACCAUGAGCUGCCCACCUUGGAAGAACGGUCAGGGCCCCUGCUCCUUGGGGCCACGGGCCUGGGUUCCCCCAUCCUGGUGCCUCCUGGGCCACCUGUCGUGGAGGGGGUUUCCCUGGACUUAGAGGAGGAUGAGGAGGAGGAGGAGGAAGACUAUCUAGAUAAGAUCAACCCCAUCUAUGAUGCCCUGUCCUACUCCAGCCCCUCUGAUUCCUACCAGAGCAAAGGCUUUGUCAUGUCCCGGGCCAUGUAUGUGUGAGCUGCCAUGGCCCUGGCCUCUCACCUCUCACUUUUGAGCCCUUCACUUUCUGGGAUCUAGAUCAGGGAUCUAGUGCCCCCUGACCUCUGGCCAGGCCAUGGCCAGUUAACACACAAAAAUGCAUCUCAUCUGUGACUUCUGCCUUGGUGGCUCCACUAUGACCUCUAACCCAUGAUCUCUGACCCAGAGAAACUGGCCAUGCAGAAACCUGGUAACCUUAUCUCACAUGGGGACAGGGGAAUAUGUUUCUGCACAACCUCUGACCCAAGGUCUCCUAAGACUGUGACCUUAGAUCAUACCUCUCAUGUCCCAUCAUCUCCGGACUCCCCCCAAAUCCCAUAGAAGACCCCAGACCUCCGAGUUGUCCUCAGGCAGUAAAAUCCCAAUAAUUCUGCGGGGUAGGUGUUGGGGGUACCCUGCUGCUCAGACCUGAGCCCUCCAGGCAGCAGAGCCCCACUCACCCCCUCCCUACCCUGUCUGUUCCCCAAAGACAAGAGGGAAGGGAUUCCCCACCCCAAGGCAGAGCUUCCCCACCUCCUCCCUCCUGCAGGCAGGAGUCUCAGGGUCCAGACCCUUCCCUGAGCCCCCACUACCCCAAUUCCUGUCUACAGGGGAUUAAGCCUCAUCCCAGGUCUAGAUGGGUUAAGUUUCAUGCGGUGUGCCUUGCCGGCCCCAGCCUUGGAAGAAGUUGCUGUUACUUUGAAGACUACUGAGUCCUUUUACUCCUGCCCAGUGGGAUGGGACCCAAACAUCUCCCAGGAGGAAGAUUGGCCGGGGUGGGGGCGGGGGGUGGAUGCUGGGGAUAUAAUACUGUUUUUGUAAUAUAGCAUUUCCUACAAAAUCUGAGUUUAUACUUUGA